AGAUGUGUUAGUGUUAGCAGUGUUUUGCGUAGGAUUUGUUUUCCACGCCUUGGGAGACUGUGAAGGUUUUGAGGCUGAUUAUUGUGAGCUCUGAACAGCAGUGAAGGUUACUGAGAGCCGCUACUGUUUGUAGUCGGGCUAGCGAGGAGAUGGUAGCUAGCUGAUGAUGGCUAUAUUCGCUAUGCAGGGCGCUAAAAUCACCCGGCUGUCCAAAACGCUUCAAAGGGUGCUUCACUGCUAGGCUCACUAACAGUCAGAAGUUUUACCGAUAGCAGCGUUGUUGUUCCUCGCUCACUAAAGCGGAGCCGCAUGUGUGAAACACCUAGCGUUACUGAGCGGUGACACUGCAGUAUACAGAUAUUAAUAGAAAUACCCGGAUGUGUAGGUGUAAAUCUCAGUAGGUUCCCCUCCUCUUCACUAUGAGCUCUGGGGUAAACACCAGAAGGACCUUUCUGGCACACAGGCAUGACCUUGUGUAUUGUGCUUUUGUUUACUUUCUCACCAGCAGGGUCUUUUCUUGUUUAAUCCGAGUCAGCCGUUUCAUUAUGUAUUUGUUUUUACAGUCUCUGAGCUCAGGCCCGAGUUAAGACCUCACAGGGCCCUGGGGGUAUGGCCAAUUAUAAGCACAACAAAAUAAAUUAAUAAGCACAACAAAUAUUCAUUUUCACAGGCCUUUAAAAAUACAAGGCAAAUGACAACUUUUCAUUGUUUCUCGAGACCUCGUAAUAAUUCCACACUGGUGAUGACAUGAAUGCAGCACUAAAGUUUCAUUUUCAUUCAUUUGAUGUGUUUUACGUCAUCAAAUUGCAAGUUUGCAAGAUCGGCCAAAUUUAAUGAUAUUGAGUCUUUAUUGGUCACAUAUACAGUAGAGCACAGUGAAAUUGUUUUCUUCGCAUACCCCAGCCUGUCAGGAAGUUGGGGUCAGCCACGAUACAGUGCCCCUGGAGCCGAGAGGGUUAAGGGCCUUGCUCAAGGGCCCAACAGUGGCAGCGCUGGGGCUUGAACCCCUGAUCAGUAACCCAGAGCCUUAACCGCUAAGCCACCACUGCCGAUCGAGUUGCUGAUCGGCAUCAUGAGGUUUUCACUCAAGUCCUAAAAUGAAAAGUCAUCAGAGACGGAAGUUGAAGCAUGUCUGCAGUAAAGACGGAAGAUUCAGAAACUGGAGCGAGCAUGGUGAACGGCGGAGGAGCCGUGUAUGAGGAUAAAGAGGAAAACGACAAUUCCAGAUCUGAAGAUCUCUCUGAGCUGCUGGCGGCAGGAACCAAAGAAGUUCACGAGCAAGCUGAAAACACGCAGUUUGUCAAAGAUUUCCUUCAUGGACGCAUUCGCAAGGAGCUCUUUAAGCUCGGAGCCGUGGCGCUCUACUACACCUAUUCAGCCAUGGAAGAAGAGAUUGAGAAAAACAAGGAUCACCCACAGUUUGCACCACUUUACUUCCCCAACGAGCUUCACCGGCGUGAGGCCUUGGCUCGGGAUCUCGAGUACUUCUACGGCGAGGACUGGCAGGGUCAGAUCAGCUGCUCUCCGGCCACCCAGCGCUACAUGGAGCGCAUUCAUGAAAUCGGUCGUGAAGACCCUGUGUUGCUGGUGGCUCACGCAUACACACGCUACAUGGGCGAUCUCUCAGGGGGUCAGGUGUUGAAGAAAGUGGCCCAGCGUGCCCUCAAGCUGCCCCCUACUGGAGAGGGAGUCUUUUUUUACCAGUUCGACAGCAUCCACAGCAACAAAGCGUUCAAGCAGCUGUACCGCAGCCGAAUGAAUGAGCUAGAGCUCGACAUCAGCACCAAGGACAGGAUCGUUCAGGAGGCUGUGCGGGCUUUCCAGUUCAACAUGGAGGUUUUCCAAGAGCUGGAGGAAAUGGGGAAGACGAUUCAGGAAGACGUCUUGGAUGGAGGUCCAAUCCACGGUCACAUGCAAGGAGACAUCAGCAAAUGUCCUUACUAUGCUGCUAAAAUGGCUGCCAGUGGAGGAUCAGCAUAUGUUUAUCAAAUGGCUGCAGCAAUCCUCAGAAACCCCACAGGCCAGGUGCUGUUAGCUGCAUGGAUCGCAGCUCUUGCCGGAUUGGUUGCCUGGUACCUCAUAUGAUCCGUCCGUGCGUCCAUGGAACAGUAGAAGUGAAAUGUUUAUGCUGCUGUAGGCUCACCUUCCCCUUACCAGUAUCCCAGUCUGAAGAGAAGUGCUUAAGUUGUUCUCAGAUGAACACGAAGGAGGAGCUUCCACCACCAGCCUCAGAAGAGAAGGAAGGCGGUUUGGGUCUAACGGACGAAUACACAUCCUUUACAUUCUUCUUCUACAUGGGAAAUAUCACGUCCCACUGGCGUUUCGGUUUUUGAGAGAAAGUGUUCCGAAUUUUCCUCGUAAUCUUUUCACAUGUGCUGCGCAACGUACUGUAUGUAGAUAACUAUUAACGCUAACACAAGUCUACUACCUGCUUUGUGCUAUAUUAAAUUCAGUUCAGAAGUCUGUUUUUGAACAACACGUUUAAUCCCUGGCCCAAACCAGCGCUCUCGUGGUCCUAGUUUCUGAGGUUUGUGAGGCUGUAGGGCGCCUGUUGCUCACGCGUGCACGCUGUAAUCGUAACGUUCUUCCCAGUCCUAGCUAGCGUCAGCUAACUAGCUAGCCUUGCUCGCUCUGUAGAUUCAUUGUCGUCACUGGUAAAAGAUGACAUAAACGUUGGUUUAACUCUGGUAAGCUUUGGAGGCAGAAAUUCCAGAGAGGAGCCGUUUGUGCGUCUUCACAGUUAAAGUGGGACCUCACAUCGCGUACUGGUGAACAUGCUACAAUUAGCCAUGUUGUUGUUAUUUAAUUUUAUUUUUUAAAUAAAGUUGCGAGUGAAAUUUUUCA